CGGAAGGAUGGCUCUCUCCCGCCGGGCCGUCGGGUGCCUGGCGCUGGUGGUUCUGGCCGUGGUGGCCGCCGCCGUGGCGCUGGCCGUGAUCCUGUCCCGGCCCCGGUGCGCGCCUCCCCGGUACCGGCACGCGGCCGUGGCUGCCGACACCCGGACUUGUUCUGAGUUAGGGAAAGACAUCCUGAGACAGGGGGGCUCUGCCGUGGACGCGGCCAUCGCUGCCUUGAUCUGCACCUCGGUCCUCAACCCACAGAGCAUGGGCCUGGGCGGAGGCGUCAUCUUUACCAUCUACAAUGCGUCUACAGGGCAUGUGGAGGUGAUCAAUGCUCGUGAAAAAGCCCCCCGGGAGAUAGAGGAGAACCUGCUGGAUCAGUGCAGAGACCGGCUUCAACCAGGGCCCCAGUGGAUCGCCAUUCCCGGAGAACUUCGGGGCUAUGAAGAGGCCCACAGGCGCCACGGCCGGUUGCCGUGGAAGGCCCUGUUCGAGCCCACCCUCCGGAUACUUGGCCCAGGCAUCCGGGUGCCUGAAGUCCUGAGCGGGUUCCUUCAGCACCCAGAACUGCAGGCAGCUUUGAACCAAACCUCCUUACGCAAACUUUUUUACAAGGAUGAUGGGAAGAUCCUGAAGGCCGGGGAAACCCUUUCCUGGACAGCUCUGAUGGAAACCCUGAGAGCGGUGGCAGAAAACGGCCCGGAUGAAUUCUACGCCAGGAAGACAGCGGAGAAGAUGGUGCAGGACGUGGAGGCGCAAGGUGGCAAACUGACCUUGGAAGACCUCCGUAAUUAUCGGGUGGAGGUGGUGGCCCCGGUGGUCACUUCGCUGGGCGGAUACACCCUGUACUCUGCCCCACGGCCUGCAGCGGGCCCAAUCCUCUCCUUCAUCCUCAAAGUGCUUGAAGGGUUCAACUUCACCUCGGAGUCCCUGAGCACCCCGCAGCGGAUGGGGCAGGCGUACCACUACAUCGCAGAGACCCUCAAGUUUGCCAACGGCCAAAAAGCAAAACUAGAUGACCCAAACGUUUCAAAAAUAAAAGAGGAUGUGCUGAACGAACUGAUUUCGGAUUCCUUUGCUCGCCGAGCCAGACAACGCAUCGACGAACGAAGCCACCCUGCUGCCCACUACGACCUAAGCCACGGGGCCACUGCCUCCUUCGGCACCUCCCACGUGGCUGUGGUGGCAGAAGAUGGCAGCGCCGUCUCAGCCACCAGCACCAUCAAUCACCCGUUUGGCUCAAUGGUAUAUUCCCAACAGACUGGAAUAAUCUUAAACAACGAACUGGCUGAUUUUUGCAUGAAACAGUCAAGCAGAAAUAUCUCCCAAGGAGAGAUGCCUCCCUCCUCCAUGGUGCCAUCCAUUCUCAUUUCCAGAAACGGGCAAUCUAAGCUGGUGAUUGGAGGCUCGGGCGGGCAGCUAAUUAUCCCAGCCGUUGCCCUGGCCCUGGCCAACAAGUUGUGGUUUGGACUCGAGCUGGAUGCUGCUAUUCAGGCCCCGAUCCUCUUUGCCACCCGGAACGGCUCCCUUGAGGUCGAGAAGACCUUCCGCCAGGACGUCGUGAAGGAGUUGCGUGAAAGGGGGCAGACGGUCAGCAGAGCAAGGAUGCCCCUUAACGUUGUCCAAGGGGUCUCUCAGGAGGGGCCCUGCCUCUUUCCGUACGCGGAUCUCAGGAAGAAGGGCGAAGCGUCGGGCUAUUAGCCCCGUGGCCAUCGUCCCUGGGGAUCAAAGGAAGAAGGCAG